UCGAUCGUCGUAAUUGAGUCGCUCGCCCCGACUUUGCAUUUCGACUUUGGAUCUCAAUUUUGUAGGCGUCGGAUCCUUUAGAUCACCGGGAAUGCUUUGAGCAAAAAAAGAUCGCAAUUCUACUAGAGAGAAGAUCUAGGGGGUGGGCAUUAGAGAGGAUCGAGAUAAUAAACACAUCAGCUGCAGAAAAGAUGGUGAAGCUGACAAUGAUAGCUCGUGUUACUGAUGGACUUCCUUUGGCUGAGGGACUGGAUGAUGGUCGUGAUUUGCAAGAUGCUGAGUUCUACAAGCAGCAAGUCAAAGCUUUGUUCAAGAACCUAUCAAGAGGCCAGAAUGAAGCAUCAAGAAUGUCUGUUGAGACAGGACCUUACAUCUUUCACUACAUCAUUGAAGGGCGUGUUUGUUAUUUGACAAUGUGUGAGCGUUCGUAUCCAAAGAAACUUGCCUUUCAGUACCUGGAAGACCUUAAGAAUGAGUUUGAGCGUGUCAAUGGAAGUCAUAUUGAAACUGCUGCUAGGCCUUACGCUUUUAUAAAAUUUGAUACAUUCAUACAAAAAACAAAGAAAUUGUACCAGGACACACAAACUCAACGAAAUAUUUCAAAGCUGAAUGAUGAACUCUAUGAAGUCCAUCAAAUCAUGACUCGCAAUGUACAGGAAGUCCUUGGUGUAGGCGAGAAGCUGGAUCAGGUUAGUCAGAUGUCUAACCGCUUGACAUCCGAAUCUCGCAUAUAUGCUGACAAGGCCAAAGACCUUAAUCGUCAGGCUCUAAUCCGGAAAUGGGCUCCUGUUGCAGUGGUCCUUGGUGUUGUCUUCCUUCUGUUUUGGGUUAGAAGAAAAAUCUGGUGAUCGUUACCAGUUCUGUUCAAGUUUUUGCAGAUAAUCUGUUCCCAAAGCCCUGUGCAUUAUUUAUAGAUACAACAACUCUAUCAUGAUGAUGUUUCAGUGUUCCCCACCAUGUUUUGGCUUUUGGGUUUUAUAGAACUUGUUUUUUUUAUAUAUCUUCUUUGUUGAGAUGACUGACUGGAUAGAGACUCCACCAAUAUAUGAACUGGGACCAUUUUAUUAGACAUUAUUUUGUUACCUUUGGCUUUGGGAUGCAAUGUU